GGUUUGUUUACACAACAGCCAUGGCAAUCAGACUCAAUAGUCAACUUCACCGAUGAUAAAAUAAAUAGGCUACAGCUUCGACUCUCUAGCUCACUGUUACCAUUACAGUAUGACGUUUCGAUAGCAUAUUGACUAUAUUUCCAUAAUGCCGCGCUCGGAGGAGGAAAGGUUUUAUAUGACAUGCAGGGCUGCUUAUCUGUCUGUGUUCAGAUCCAGCCUGGUUAAUAUGACUUCAAAAGAUCAGCUGUGCACGGUUCUUCAGCAAGCAGGUAGAAACCCCUCACAGAAAGCUUUAGACAAAUACUGGCCACCAGGAACCAAGAAGCUGAAUUUUGAUGAUUUCUGUGAGAUACUGAAAAGGGAAAAACCCGCAGAACCAGACCAGCUCAUGACGAUUUUCAAGAAAUUUGACACAAAUGGUGAUGGGUAUAUUUCACACGAUGAGCUUAGCAGAAUCCUUACUUCAUCUGGCGAAAAAAUGUCACAUAAAGAAGUGGAUGAAAUCUUUACUUUAGCAGAUGUCAACAAAGAUGGAAAAUUAGACUACGCAGAGUUUUGCAGGCUGCUUGGGUCCACAGUAGAGAAAUGUCAGGCUGCAGCGCUGGAGAAGCUCGAGGCUGAUGUCAAACUGAAGAGGCAGAACUUUGGCAGCCAGCUGAACACUCCACAGAGCUUAGAGUCUCAACCUGAGCCUUCAUCUUUAGAAGUGCAGCACAGAACAGAGAUGGAGCCCAUGCAGAAGAAAGAUCGCUCAUUAUCCAGACCAUCAUCAGCUCGCAGUCGACGGUCAUCUUCAUCCACAGCUAUCACCAUGGGCACUGGCGGCAUUAAGACUGGCAGACUGACAGAACCCAAAUCUCUACAGGAUUGGCAUCAUACUUUUAUGAGAGGCUGUUUUUAUCUGGAAGACGAUGGAGCGAUUGUUUCUCUCCAGUAUCGCCUCCAUGUCCCACAAACUACCAGUGUCUACCUGACCAUACGACCCCUCAACCUUAGCCCGAUUCCUGACAACCCUUCACCCUGGAUGUGUGUGGACACAGCUCUAUAUGUGCUGACAGGAAAUGAGACAAAAGAAGAUUCAAACAUGGUUUGCUUUACUGAGUUAAGGGAUAAGGAGAGGUUUCUGUGGAGGGGAGAGCUCAGCGCUGGUUCAUAUCUGCUUAUGCCCUUCACCACCGGCUGCAGACUGAAGAGGACGCGGAAGAACAGCACUAAAACUGCUCAACUAGUCAACCGCAUGCAGUCUGGAGAGCUGGAGCUAACCAAACAGUUCAAGGCGGUGUUGUCUGACAUCUUUGAAGUGAUUGAUUUGGAUGGCAGUGGUCUGCUGAGUCUAGAAGAAUACAAUUUCUUUGAGCAGAGAACCAGUGGAGAGAAAUGUGACGAGGAUGCGUGGGCCAUCUGUAAAGAAAACUUUGACACUAAGAAAAAUGAAUUAACUAGACAAGGUUUCUUGGAGCUUAACCUUAUGGAGGCGAAUGAUCGCGAGGGAGACCCCAGUGACUUGUGGCUCACCCUGGAGGCCAUGGGCUACAACCACAGCUUGGAGAUGGUGGAGUCCUGCCCAUUUGUCAUUGACGUCUACUGUGAGGAUGUCAAAGCAACUCUUCAGGCAGUUCAUUUGGAUUCUGGGAUCAAGAUGUUGAAUUCUGCUGUACAGAGAUCCAUCACAUCUAAAGCAGAGGCUAGAGCUCUGAAGGGCCAUGAGAAUGUGCUGGUUUACACAUACAAAGGAGAGAGCAGGAUUUCAUCGGUCAUUGCUAAUAAGUCCAAUCAGAAGGUGACGGUGCACAUCAACAAUGAGCAAAGCAAAAACUCUGUGAGCAGCAGAGGCAUGAGUGUGUUUGCAGUGGAAGUUCCUGCUAGAACUAAAAUGGUUUGUCAGCACGUCAUGGCAUUAAAUGAUCAACAGGAAUGGACUUACAACUGCACUGAGAGCAUUAUACCAAGUUUGUAAAUGCUGCAGUAGUGACAUUUAUUAUGAGGCAACAAAGAAAGUAGUAACAUAAUAUGGGUUGCUUGUUAUGAUUAUUGCAAACAUUUUUUAUAAUAAUUUUUAGAAGCCGUCUUUGUUUAUUGUUCCUUUCAGCAAAAUGCAAUCAUGAUUUUCAUUUGUUUUUGUAAAUAAAGCGUUUAUAUUUUCUUUUUA